AUGGUGACUGAAUUGCAAGACAUAAUCAGAAUGAGACUUAGUGGUAUAGUCUCAGAAGAUACUCCCAAGAGAGAAGCGGGCUGUGAGAACUCACAGCCUUUGAGUGAGAAUAAGAAUAAGAGAAGGGAGCAUUUAGAUAAAGAAUCCUUAGAAGAUGUUCUGCAAUCAGACAACCUUUUUGAUAUACAAUUUCUUUUUGGCUCAACAUUUCAUGGAGCAGAAAUGAAAAAUGGCAUGAAUACAGGAACUGAGAUGUCAACAUCCUUUGCAGGGUCCGUUAACUGGCAGCAUUGUUUGUCUUUAGGUGCACAUGAGUCUGUGGGAAUGUCCAACCUGACUGUGCUCUAUGAAUUCAUCCUCUUGGGACUCUCCUCUAGACCUGAAGACCAGAAACCACUCUUUGUCCUCUUUCUUAUCAUAUACAUGGUCACCUUGCUGGGAAAUCUGCUCAUCAUCUUGGCUAUACACUCUUAUCCUCAACUCCAAAACCCCAUGUAUUUCUUCCUAAGCAACUUGUCCUUUACUGAUAUUUGCUACACCACUGUCAUAAUCCCCAAGAUGCUGGUGAACUUCUUAUCAGAGAAAAAGACCAUUUCUUAUGCUGAAUGCCUGAUACAGAUGCAUUUUUUCCUGAUCUUUGGAAACAUAGAUAGUUAUAUCCUGGCAGCGAUGGCUAUUGACCGCUAUGUAGCCAUCUGUAACCCCUUCCAUUAUGUCACUGUUAUGAACCGUAGGCGCUGUGUGUUACUAUUACUCUUCUCCAUCACUUUCUCCUAUCUCCACUCCCUUCUACAUGUCCUUCUGGUGAAUCGGCUCACCUUUUGUGCAUCAAAUGUUAUUCACCACUUUUUUUGUGAUGUCAGCCCCAUCCUGAAAUUGUCCUGUUCAUCUACAUUUGUCAACGAGGUUCUGGUCAUGACAGAAGGGCUGGCCUCUGUGAUGGCUCCAUUCAUCUGUGUCAUCAUCUCUUAUCUAAGAAUCCUAAUGGCUAUUCUCAAGAUUCCCUCAGCCACUGGAAAGCGCAAAGCCUUCUCCACUUGCAGCUCCCACCUCACAGUAGUGACCCUAUUCUACGGGAGUAUUAGCUAUGUUUACUUUAAGCCUUUAUCCAGCUAUACUAUCAAGGAUCGAAUAGCCACAGUCAUCUAUACCGUGUUAACAUCCACACUGAAUCCAUUUAUCUACAGUUUAAGAAACAAAGACAUGAAACAGGGUGUAGGGAAACUGACAAACAAUAUCAAGUUUCACAUGGGCAACUUUUAUUCUAUAAAAGUCAGCAAGAUCUGUGGAUCCUGA